UUCCUUAUUUCAGUUGGAUUACGAUUCUGAAAAGCUUUUCAUAUAUAAUAAGAUCAUACGAUGCAUAUGGGUGAAUAGUUUUUGUGAGUCUUUGGCUAGAAACCCUAAAGAAUCAGAGGAUAUGGUGGAGGAUCAAAAGGAAACGACGAGUUUCACGUUUGAGAUAGAUAACUUCUGGGAGAAGGAAGCUGAUGUGAUACGGUCUCCUAUAUUCUCCAGCGGUGGUGGCUGCGAAUGGUAUGUUGACGUUUAUCCCAAAGGAUACGGUGCUGUUAAAGAUCACUUGUCUGUGCACUUCGGCGUUGCGACUCCUGAAUCACUCAGACUUGGAUGGAAAAGACGAGCUAAUACUUCACUCGUUCUGUUAAAUCAAUCAGGCAAAGAGCUCUACAGAUCGCCUAAAUACUGCUAUUUUUUCUGCGCUCAGCUGCUAAAGUGGGGUUAUUCAAGGGUUUCCACUCAUAAGAAGCUUAAAGAAGAAGGGCUUCUGGAGAAUAACAACAAACUGAUCGUUCAAGUCGAAAUAAAAGUAGUUGAGGAAGGGGAUAUAACUGGGAACGAGAUGUUAGAUGUCCGUGGUUUCCAAGUUCUUUACUCUCAGGUUACUUCAGCGACUCACCUUCUCCAGGAUCACCCGGACAUUGCAGUAAAUUUCAUACCAAAGAUCCCAUUGGUGAAAACAGCGUACAUGAGUGCCCUCCUUGGUCUUGUCGAGACACUGAACAAGCCUCCAGAAAGCUUCACCGAGACUGAGCUAAAUAAAGCUAAGAGGGAGUUGAAUGAGCUAACAAGAGCGGGGUUUAAGCUAGACUGGUUGGGUACAAAGCUUGAUGAGCUUUCUUUUGAUGACAAGGAUCAGAAAGCAAAUGCUGACGAUGGGGAUUCACUAGUGGAGGAAUUGUUCAAGGUUGUUGUUCACUCUUGGAAUGAUUGGAAAGUAAGAGUGGGAUUCUCUCAUCUUCUUCAUAGUGAGAAAAUCGACUAAAACACGCACAUUUUCUUUUUGUUUGUUUUCUUUUAUCAAUGAAGAUGAAGUUCAAGUUGUUUUCUCAAUCUGGAACUGAAGCUGUUAGUUUUAACAUGUAAUAUUCAAAAUAAUCAUCAUGACACAGGAAUGGUUAUUUUUUUUUACUUUGACAAUCACUAGAGGUUAUACAGUUGUGAUUAUUUGAGUAACUAUUAGCACAGAUGUGUAAUUUCGUUCCAAAUAACUAAUACUGAGAUUACUAACGUUUAUUGACCCCUGAAGCUUUGGACUCCAAUUCGUCUCUGGAUUAGGUAGGAAACGAGCUGCUUUGGAAGUGGAAGGUUCUCUGCCUUGCUCAGCAAACAGUGUGACACGAAAAACCAAC